AUGCAAAACAACAACACGGAAGCUGAACAGCAUAAACCACAUCACUCAUUGAAGCGAAAGCUCGACCAUGAAGAACAACUCUCUGUCCAUAAUAAUAACAAGGAAGGAUUGGAUGCGAGAGAAAAUCAGAAAAAACUCAAAGAAUCCUCCACAAAUGAAGGAUCUACCAAGACAGAUAUCAUUGCUCAACCCGAGCGUCUCUCUAUAUUGAUUAUGAGUGACAUUCAUAAUUAUGACAUUUAUUUUGAAAGAGUGAGGAAAAUUCUAGACAAAAAUCAAGUAAAGGUCGAUGUAGUUCUUUGUCCCGGUGAUAUUGUCAACAUCAAGACAAAAGAAGAAUACAAGAGUAAAGAAUUUCAAUUCGAGUCACUCAAGAGUGUGGAGAAGAUUGCUGAGGGCAUGUUGAGUUUUGCUCCUAAGGUAUAUUUAAUUCCAGGAAAUCACGAUCCAGAUGUCAUGUUCGAAAACAAACUCACUCAACCCAAAGAAAACAUUCACCUCGUGCAUAAUUCCAUUGUGGAACUGAGGGAGGGACUGUAUUUGGCAGGAUUUGGUGGGAGCGUUCCUUCCUUCCACAUUUCACCUCCAGAGCUUGUAUCGACACGAGCAUGGAAAGGUUACCCUCACUCCACCGAUGAAGCAUACGGAAAGGAGCUCGCACCACUCGUCGAGAGAAUGAAAACUGAAAUGAAUCAACCAUCAUCAUCAUCAAUGCCAACAACAACACUUUCAACCUCACGAUCUUCCGAGGUAAACACUGAACAACAAGAGCCCAAAGAAGCCUCACACUACCGACAAUACAUUUUCAUGACUCAUAACGGACCAGCCAACUGCGACACGACUCUCUUCCAGAAAGUAGAUAUCACUAGUCCCAAAAUCAUUUCUGGUUCCGAUGCUUUGAGAGGAUUCAUUGAGCAAACAGAACUGCAAUCGAGCUGUGUAUGUUUGGUACAUGGACAUACGCACUUGUUUCGACCUUCCUCCUCACUCGUUGGUACACUGCCCAUUGUGAAUCCAGGAUCCUUAAUGGAAGGCAACUUUGCAGUGAUUCAACUCGAGAGACAAACACACCUCGAGAAUAGACCAUUCCUGUUGGAGUCGGUAACUUCGUACCGUUUCAAACCUUAG